AUGCCAGUACCGUGUUCAUUAGAUGCCAAGCCCUUCCGGCAAACAGCGACAUCAUGGCCCUCUCCACGCACGGGCCCCACGAGGCCGUCGCUCCAGCAAUCAGGGAUGAGACUAGAAUUGACGUCCUUCGCGUGUUCCGAUUCGUCACCAAAGAUAUUGGUGUCGGCUCAUGCAAACAUCUUCCUCUCAAUUCUCUCACGACAUGGUCUGGGACUUGUAACCCCCAUCACCCUCGGCACAUUUCCCUGCGCCUCUGUCACGUGCAACCCUAUCGACCUGACAUUUGUGACCACGCCAAUGACCGACUCCAUUGUCACCAUCAAGCACUUCGACAACGAUAAUGGCACCGACCACUACGCUGUCACAACUCAAUUUUAUUGGGCUGCUCCCCUCUCCUCUUCUCCCUCCAAAUUCUUGCGCAUCAAGGACGAGGAGACCUUUUCUAAAGUUGUAAAAGUGGGAUGGCUCGAACGCUCAGCGAACCUCCAAGCGACGAUCCAAGAAGGCUUCAAGAAGACGGGGAAGCCCUACAAUGAGGGACAUGUCACUCAGCCUUGGUUCAACGACCAUCUACGUGCGCUUGUGUCUGAUGCAAGUCGAGCACGGCCCCGCCUCAGCAGCAAGAAAGCAGCCGUUCGUAAUAUCGCACCUCUGCACCAUGGCCAUGGCGCAGUCGCUCGUAGAGCGGCGGAGAAAGAAGCCGUACCUGCCGCUGCAUUCCUUCCGCCAACAGCUAUUGGCUGCGCCUUGCGGCCCCGGUGCUUCGCCCCCGCUACAGACGAGCCACGCCUUAAUGGGAGCCAUUCUCCACCGCCGAAAUCCUGCAAACACCGAUCCAGUAGCAAGUCGGCUUCCGGACCUGAUGACAUUCCUUGGCGUAUGCUCACGAUACUGACCACAAGAUGGGAAGGCUUCAUCGAACUUCUGGUCAGCCUACACAUCGCCUGUGCUCUAUAUGUAGGAACACAUCCCCGCUGCUUUCAGCAAGCCACUUUCGAGGUACUUCGAAAGCCCAAUAAGCUCGUCUACGGGAAGCAAGGUGCUGAUCGUCCUAUUAGUUUUCUACCCACUCUGGGCAAGCUGUCAGAAGGCCUCAUUGCUGCUCGCAACCUUGCAAAGGCCGAGCAGAAUCCGAGAAUCGUCCUCGCCAGCCAUUACGGAGGGCGGCAUGGACGAAGCACCAAGUAUGCUGUUAUCAGGAGCGCCCACAACGCCGUGCACGUACACCACUCGACCGAGGCUCUCAAUCGAGUUUCUCUGCCCAAGCGCAUUGUGCAAUGGACGUCUUCGUCCAUGAACGACCGACAAGCGCGCCUCAAGCUCGAAGUAUCUGUGAAAUGGAUCGAUGCUAAAUCUCUGCUUGUUGACGCUCGAAUCGAAGGCAUGUGCCGCAAAGUCAAGCUAGCCUCCCAGAUGGCUCUAUCGCGGGCUGCUACCUGUGGAUCGACUUUCGAUCCGGCAAAGUUUAUCUACUCCCCAUGCAGGAGCCCGUUGAGCUCGGGAAACAUCGAGCUAGUAGUCUUCCGGCUAGCCCGGCCUCAUGAACUCAUAAUCCUAGGUGUAAUCUUCACUGAUAAUUACAGGCUGCUUUCCACUCCACCUCCACAGAUGCUCUCACAUUUGAGGCAUUCCCCUCCCAGUCGACCUAGCACUGUGCUGCACAGCAUGCAACAAGCUCGCCCGAUGGCUAUCACUCCCAUGAUUGCAACCAGCCUCGAUACUAGUGACACAAGCCGCGAAGGCGAAGCCGACCAGAAAGCCAGGAUCCCUCCAUCUCUGGCUGAACCACUGGCCAGAUCUGUAUCAAUCUGGCAUCACUAA